AUGGGUUGCGGAAUGAGCACAGAGGAGAAGGAGGGGAAGCAGAGGAAUGAGGAGAUCGAGAACCAGCUCAAGCGGGACAAGAUGAUGCAGCGAAACGAGAUCAAGAUGCUGCUGCUCGGUGCCGGAGAGUCUGGAAAGUCGACGAUCCUGAAGCAGAUGAAGCUCAUCCACGAGGGUGGCUACUCGCGCGAUGAGCGAGAGUCGUUCAAGGAAAUCAUCUUCAGCAACACCGUGCAGUCGAUGCGCGUCAUCCUCGAGGCCAUGGAGUCGCUGGAACUGCCCCUUGACGACCAGCGCGCCGAGUACCACGUGCAGACCAUCUUCAUGCAGCCAGCCCAGAUCGAGGGUGACAGCCUACCCCCAGAAGUUGGCAACGCCAUUGCCGUGCUCUGGAAGGAUGCCGGUGUCCAGCAGUGCUUCCAGCGCUCCCGCGAAUACCAGCUCAACGACUCUGCCAAAUACUACUUCGAUUCCAUUGACCGCAUUGCCGCUCCGGACUACAUCCCCAACGACCAGGAUGUCCUCCGCUCGCGUGUCAAAACCACUGGUAUCACUGAGACCACCUUCAUCAUCGGCGACCUGACCUACCGCAUGUUCGAUGUCGGAGGACAACGGUCGGAGCGAAAGAAGUGGAUCCACUGUUUCGAGAACGUGACCACCAUCCUCUUCCUCGUCGCCAUCUCCGAAUAUGACCAGCUGCUCUUCGAGGAUGAGACCGUCAACCGUAUGCAGGAAGCUCUCACCCUGUUCGACUCCAUCUGCAACUCGCGGUGGUUUGUCAAGACAUCGAUCAUCCUGUUCUUGAACAAGAUCGACAGGUUCAAGGAGAAGCUCCCCGUCAGCCCCAUGAAGAACUACUUCCCUGACUACGAAGGUGGCCCUGACUACGCCGCGGCUUGCGACUACAUCCUCAAUCGCUUCGUAUCGCUCAACCAACAUGAGACCAAGCAAAUCUACACCCAUUUCACAUGCGCCACCGACACAAUGCAAAUCCGAUUCGUCAUGGCCGCAGUGAACGACAUCAUAAUUCAAGAGAACCUCCGCAUGUGCGGUCUGAUAUAA